AUGUCUGGAAUUCACUCUCCCAGAGCCACCAAAGCCAAGGCCAAGGCUCCAGCUCCAGCUCCAGCUCCGGCUGAACCAGAAGCCGCAUAUCCAGGGUUGUCGGCUCCCAUGGCCCAUGGCAUGUUUCGGAAAUUCAAUUACACCACCCGCAAGACCGAGGUUGCGAUGCUUUGCCGUACUAUCCUUCACAAUGGUGUCACAGAGAAUGAUAUUGAAUUUGAGUGGCAGGCUCCCCGGCUUCUCAUGAUUCGAGUUGCUUGGCCAGAUUGGUUUCAAAUGGCCGAGCAGAUGGCGCAAUUUUGUGUUGAUGAUGAGGGCAAGAUGCUAUAUCCACCGGAGCAUCCAUUGACGAUGGAUACCUCCGAGCGCAACCAAGCGCUUGUUGAAGAAGAUAAUCGCAUCUGGGAUUAUGGCUAUAUCUGCUUUGAUCAAGACAUGGUAACAUCUGAAGAUCCAGCUAUGGAGUUACUCCAAGUGGACAUCGAAUCACGCAGUGUCAAAGUCAACGUGCUCCAGCUCUACGUCAAAGUGGCUCCUGUCGACACGGAAAAGAAAGCAUCAAAAGUGACUGCAACUCGUGUUGUCAAGCUUGGGACGGGACCACAUCCUGGAGGCACCAAUGCGAUGCAAACGUAG